AUGUCGCAGGCAAUUGGCAACACAGCCCUAGCAUAUGCCCGAGUCUGGCACCAUGCUGAUGCUUCCGAGCGCGUCCUCGGCAAGCUCGCGGAGCGCAUAGCGAUCGUGCUCAUGGGCAAGCACAAGCCAAUAUUCGAUCCUAGCGCCGACUGCGGAGACUACGUCGUUGUAACGAAUGCUCGGAAGGUGAAGGUGACGGGGAACAAGGCGCAGCAGCUCGUCUACCGACAUCACACGAUGUACCCCGGAGGUCUCAAGGAGAUUCAGUACAAGGACAUGAUGGCCAAAAAGCCUGACGAGAUCAUUCGUCAAGCGGUGUCAGGCAUGUUACCAAAAAACAAGCUCCGAGAGCGGAGACUUCAAAGACUGCGUAUUUUUGAGGGGGAGGACAUGGGUAUAUUCCAGCACAACAUCUUGAAGCGGUGGGAGGACGGCACGCUACAUUAG